AUGGAGUCAGGUAACAAAGUCGCCGUGGACGCGCAGCCAGCAAAGGAUGUGGAGCCAGGAAAGAUGCCCGCCCAAGGUGACACUGCCUCUAACGCAAAGGGACAGCCAGCCCACAAACCGCGGGCUCCACGUAAGAAGGGUGCUACCCCUAAGCCGAUGGCGCAAUUCUUUAGCAAACUCAAAUCUCUGGUGUUGAGUUAUGAGGACUGCAUGUCUGACCCUUCCUCUGAGGCGUCUAGGUCUCCUUCGCCAGAGGUUAUUCCUGAUACGCAGCGAGAGGAUCAGCCGGGCACGUCCGCGUCUUUGUUUCACGAUCCACGGUCAGGUAUGCCUGACAGGUCCCCGGUCGCUGCCUUAAUAUCUGUAGCAUCUGUGGCUAGGGGCCAAACUGUACAGGCCCCCCUCCAUGACUCAUCUUUGCCCCAGUCUUCCUUGAGCCUUCCCCAGGGUCAGCGGCAUAGGGUGCAGCAUCCUGAGGCCGAUAUCUCUUCCGGAGGCGAAGAAGCACAGCCUCAUGCCCGGAAGAGCCAGCAGCCGGGUGGAAAGAGACGUGCCAAGACGAAACAUAUCCAGGAGUCAAACACCUCUUCUGAUGGGGAGGAUGAGCAGCGUCAGGCCCGGAAAAAACACCAGUCAAGGCGAACAGGCAGGCCAGCGGAGAGGGGCCGUUCUGGGGGUAAGCACGUACAGCACUCCUACACCUCUUCUGAAGGUGAUGAGGACCACAGGGAUCAAGAGCCAGCUGUGCCGGACAAGCAAGAAUGGAAGAGAUGUCAUAAGAAGAAGCAUGUCUGCAGGAAGUCGCGUUCGCGCAGUUCGGAGUCAGAUGGACUGCUUCCGGUCAUUGGCACCUCUAGCUCAGCAGUGGCCAGAACCCUUCCCGGACCACCUCUGGAGCCUUGGAAACGCAACGUGAUUAAGGGAGUAUUGGCCUCCGUGGCCCCCUCUACUCUCUGUUCUUACAAUAAAGUCUGGUGUAACUUUAUGGAUUACCGGUGCAACGUUCUAGCCCUUGCACACAAUAUCCCACCGACUACAGAUCACGUAUUACAAUAUUUGGAACAUCAGUACACUUUGGGGCGGGCAGCUAAAACUUUAAAAAUACAUUCAGCUGCAAUUACAUUCUUCAGUAAAUUUCUAUUCUCCCUGGACCCUUGUGCGGACUUCAUCGUCCACAGGGCAAUUGAUGGUUGGGGCAGGCUUGAGCCCAAAAAAGCCGAAGGGUGGAGGCCAAUAACUUAUGACUUGCUCUUCUUGGUUCGCAAAAAAUUGAGGUCUAUUUGUUGGUCUAGAUACGAAGCACGUUUAUUCUCUGCAGCUUAUGCCAUAUCCUUCUUUGGGGCCCUCAGGGUCGGGGAGAUAGUGGUGGAAAAGCACUCAGACGAUUCCUAUCGUGGCCUUCUUUUAAAGGACAUUCAGCUAUCCAGUGCUGAACUGUUAGUACAUAUCCGGAGUUCAAAAACUGAUCAGUGUGGCAAGGGUGCCUGGUUAAAACUAGCAGCUUCACGGAGUCUAGGUCCCUGUCCUGUAAAAGACACUAGGCGUUAUUUGUGUCUGAGACCUCCUGGCUCUGGCCCACUAUUCAUUCAUGAGGACGGUUCCCGGCUGAUGAGGCAUCAAUUCACGCGGGUCCUGCGUAUGGCAAUUGACGCAUGCGGGUUUCCAGCAAAAGAAUAUGCCGCCCAUUCUUUUUUAGGAUAG